GGGCGUGUCUGUUAAACUGCGCAGUAAAACCAGAGAGGCGCUCGCGCUCACAGUCAGGGGGGCUUUCGGUCAGUGCGCGUGUGUUAUUCUGCAGCCUAAACGGAUUAAUAAUGAGGACAAUCUUCAGUAUUUGUCUUUUGGUUCUGCCUGUGGUGGUCCUGUGCUGUGAUGAGACUACACACUACAGGAAGGAUGAGCAGUGCUGCAAAUUGUGCGGCCCAGGCACCCGAAUGAUGAAGGACGCGAAUUGCCAUGAUCCGAUGUGUCAGCUGUGUAUGGAUGGAGAAUACCAGGAUGAAUAUACAAAGGAAACUAAAUGCAAACUGCAGCCUAUCUGUGACAUCAACCUAGAGUUUGAAGCACCUACCCAGCAGAGUAAGACCACACGCGAGCCGUGUGUGUGCCGCGCUGAUCAUCACUGCUCCAGCCAGGACUGCAUAUCCUGUGUCCAAAACACUGUGUGCCCUCCUGGACAGAAGAUUGACAUAGAGGGCAACAGGAAGUUAGACACAACGUGUGAACCCUGUCCUCCACGGACAUAUUCCUCUGGAAAUUCUACUAAAAACUGCAAAGAAUGGACUGAGUGCUCUUUAGGUUACGUUGAAGCAGCAGCAGGCACUUCCACAUCUGACCGGAUUUGCGAGGCUCAGCCUAAUAUAAGACUGGGUUUGGGGAUUCUCUCUGGAUUCGUAAUCAUCCUUGUGAUCAUGUUUGGAGGUUUUUGCUGGUACAAAAGAGAGAGAAAGGGAUCUGCGUGUCUGGAGAAAAAGUUACAGCAACACUGUCCUGCUUUAUUUAAGGUCAUCGCCAUCGACGAGCCCACCGCGACCGUGCCCAUGCAGCCGGUGGAAGCGGACGGCAACGAGCCCACGGAGGACACCGAGGACCAGCCCUUCACUCACGGCGUGUCCGACAAUGGCAUGCCCAUCCUUCAGGACCACAGCAAAACCUCCGUCCUUUCUGUUUCUGAGACGCAGCCCUCAUCGCAGAGCUUCACAGAUCGCCUGUAGAGGGCGGCGUGAGGAAAAUCCUUCAUGUUUAUCUUCAAGCAUUAAUAUCUAUGAAGAAAGAGAUGCUGCUGGUUAUCUGGUGGCAUUUAUUUAUCAGUUAAUAUUAAACACGCCUUUAAAAAAAAAGAACGAAAGGAAAAACCCUGAUGACUCAGAUCAUAGAUAAGAUAAUAAGUAUCAUCUGCCCAUCCGCUUCUCGUUUAUUAUUCAGCAAGUGGGUCAUCUUUUGAGUCAUAAGAUGUUUUUAUAUUGUUUUACUCCUCUAUCGAGCCCAGUGAAGUUAAAAGCAUUCAAUAUUAGAAAACAUUCAUUAUUAACACACAUCAAAAGUUGUCAAAAAUUAUAAUUCAUACGUUUAUUAUCUUUCACAAAUGCACAAAUUUUGGUUUAGUGAAUGAAAAGAGUAAAGAGUAAAGUGUAAAGAGUCGUGUCGGUCGAUAGCAUUGGUGCACUACUAUCUGUUGCUCCUUUUUUUAUGUUUUUGGAAUGUUUAUUAAUGUAAUAUAGACCCUGUAUAUAACAGUACCACUUUAAAAUAAGACUACCUUUAUAAAGACUACGUUUAUAAACAGUUUAUAAUUAGUUUAUUAAUGGUUAGUAAUUAGGUUGUAAACGCCUUAAAAAUCAUUAAUAAUCAGUUAUAACACAUACGUAGAAAGGGCAAAAAUAUAGAUAUAGGCUGUGGGUUCACUAUUUGGCAAACAACAGGUCAUUGUUGCCCUUUCGCUGUAUGUGUUGAUUUGUAACUGAUUAUUAAUGAUUUAUAAGGCAUUUACAACCUAAUUAGUAACCAUUAAUUAACUAAUGGUAAACAAUUUAUAAACCCUUUAUAAAGGUAGUCUUAUUUUAAAGUGGUACCUUAAUAACACUUAAUGUACAACACAUAAAAGUGCUCAAACACAGUGUUUAAAACACAGUUUACAGUGCUCAAAAGUCAUGGUACGCUCUCUCAAUACAAUCUUUUUCUCAAUUUAUCUCUUAUUAAUAUAAGGCGCACCAGGUAAUAAGGCGCAUUAAAGAUUAAAGGAGAACUCUGGUAUAAAAUUGACUUUUGCUGUAGUAAAACAUGAUAAAGAGCAUUAAGCUUUGUUGAAUAGCCCACCUCCAUUUUUCCGCAGCUUUCCAAGAUCCAGCAAUUUUUUGCAGUUUCUCCAAACAUGCUUUAGAAUGGAUGAUAUGGGGCAUAUUUGCCCCUGCAGAUAAAUCGCUUUAUCUAAGCUCGAACUUUAAAAAAGUGCACAAGAAGCUUAUUUAAAAAUAAAAAAAACAGCCUCCGGAGAUGUAGGUUAAACUAUGAGAUGUAAACAGUGUUUUUUUUUUAAAAAAAGCUUCUUGUACACUUUUAAAGUUAUUAAUGAUAUAAAAAGCAAUUUAUCUGCAGGGUCAAAAAUAUGCCCCAUAUCAUCCAUUCUAAAGCAUUUUGUUUGACUACACCAAAAGUCAAUUUUACACCAGAGUUCUCCUUUAAGCGACACUUAACCCUUCUAAUGGGAAGCUGGGGGAAGCGCCUAAGUAAACAAAACUGGAAUUCUUAGGGCCAACUCAACUGUGCUCUCUCGGGGCUCCGACAGCUGACGGCAAGCUGCAUGGCCAGGAUUCGAACCAGCGAUCUCGCAAUCAUAGUGGUAGCGCUUUAGCCCACUGGACCACUCGGCGCCCAAAACAAUGUUUUAAGUGACUGAACCCAUCACUAUUAACAUAAUUCCACUUUGCCAAACUAACAUUGAUUAUUUUAUUUUAUAUUUUACAUUAAGACGAGGAAAAAGUGUAAUUAAUCUUGCAAAUAAUUUACUUUUUCUGACAGAUUUAUUUCAUGUCUCGAGAUCUCGGCACUGUUCUAACCAUUCCAGAUUGUUCAGUCUGAUUGUGUAACGUGUGCUUGUUUACAUUGUAUAUAUUGUUUGUAUAUUUCAGUGUUUCUGUGUAGCAACAGCAACAUUUUUGCAAUUUUUGUUUUUUUUU